CUCCAAACUACAACAAAGCUCCAGGCAGGUUGACUUGGGCGCCCGCUCAGGAACCUCUUGUGCGAGGCUUCCUCUGCUCAUCCAACAUGUCUCUCGCAAAAGGAUGAAUACCCAUCACCACUGACCUAUCAAAGCUUGUCAUUCUCCGCAAUCCAACGUGCCUCGGCUCGCUGCGUCACGACUCUGCCUGUCGCUGUCAUCUUCCCCAGAUAUACUUCCAGCUCCAAUCGACACUCUUCUUUGACUCCUGUUUCUUCUUAAAGAUUAUUGACCGCAUACGAAAAUCCCACACACAAUGGCAGACGACGGCAUCCUCAUCGAAUACAAAGGCAAAGUCGCCAUCAUCACGCUCAACCAGCCCAAGAAGCUCAAUGCCCUAAGCCAAGAUCUCUACUACAAGCUCGCGACAGCAAUGCACGAAGUCGCCGAGCGCGACGACAUCUACAUCACCGUCCUAACAGGCCGGGGUCGCUUCUUCUCCGCCGGCGCAGACGUCUCCAUCGGCGCCUCGACCUCCCCAUCCGGCUCCGACACACACCGGCACUACCUCAAGAACUUCGUCUCCAACAACCUGCACAUAACGCAUGCCUUCUACACGCACCCCAAGAUCCUAGUCACCGCGCUCAACGGCCCCGGCGUCGGGCUCUCCGCCGCGCUCAUCGCCUUCUCAGACUUCAUCUACGCGGCGCCGCACGCCUUCCUGCUCACGCCGUUCAGCUCGCUCGGGCUGGUCGCCGAAGGCGGCGCCUCGGUUGGCUUCGUGCGGCGGCUGGGCAUCAGCAAGGCGAACGAGGCGCUGAUCAUGAGCAAGCGGAUUACGUGCGAGGAGCUUGUGCAGACGGGGUUUGUCAACAAGGUGAUUGAUGUGGGGAGCAAGGAUAGCCCGCGGUUUCUGGAGGAGGUGCUGAGGGAGGUUGAGGAGCGGCUGGGCGGGCAUUUGAAUAGCGAGAGCUUGAUUAAGAUCAAGGCGCUGAUUCGGAAGCCGGAGAUGGAGACGCUGGAUCGGCAGGGCGUGGAGGAGGUGUUUGCGGGGCUGCAGCGGUUUAUGAAGGGGGUGCCGCAGGAGGAGUUUAGGAAGAUUGCGAGUGGGGAGAAGAAGCAUAAGCUGUAGUAGGCUAGGGAGCGGCGGAGAUGUAAGAAGGCGGAAGGAAGGUUAUGUGUAGUUUAUGUACUUGAUUUAUGCUAGCGAGACUCCGCCUUCGGUGGUCAACAGUUCGCCGCCAAUUGGCUCAUCUUUACCCAGGGCGGGUUUGCCGGUUGAGGGAGGGUUUUGCUCUUCGUCGGGUGGGGGCUUCUUCUUGUACGCCUUUUCCUGCUCCUUUUGCUGAUGGCUUACAUAGCUUGAGUAGCGCAGCGCAACGAACAGCAUGAACGCAG